AUGGCAGAUAGGGCCUCGAAAUCCUCCUUAUCGGCGGAUAUCCCAGUGAUCGCCGAAGAUGCCCAGUCAGAAAUGUUAACAGCAGCUCUCAAUAACAGACUUCGGUGGAAAACGGAUCUUGUAGUCCUCCCACUCAUCGUCCUAACUUCAACUCUAGCUUUCUUGGACAAGAAUGGCAUGGCCUACGCAGCAGUUUACGGCAUGAAAAAAGAUGCACAUCUCGUCGGCCAAGAAUAUAGCUGGCUUGGUUCAAUCUUCUACUUUGGCUACCUAGCCAUGGAGUUCCCCAUCCUCUGGCUCCUAACUAAAGUCCCCAUUGGGAAAUUCGUCGGCAUCACUGUCUUCAUCUGGGGCGGCAUUCUAUGUUGCAUGGCUGCUUGUCAUAGCUUUGCUGGCUUGGCUACUGUACGCUUUUUCCUUGGUGUGUUCGAGGCUGGUAUUUUGCCCUCGUUGAUGAUUAUGAACUCCAUGUGGUAUAGGCGCGAGGAGCAGCCAUUGAGAACUGCAUUGUGGUAUAACACGCUUGCUGGGAUUUUCGGUGGUAUAUUGAGUUACGCUAUCGGGAAGAUGCACGCUCCGCUGGCAACAUGGAAGUAUAUCUUCCUUAUAUACGGCUCAGUAACCAUGGGCGUCGGCAUUCUUGUGUUCUUCGCCCUUCCAGAUUCGCCCAGCAAAGCCUGGUUCUUCAAUGCCGAAGAGAAAAAGGCGGCUGUGAUUCGAUUGGCCGAAAACCAGACUGGUGUGAAUUCGCACAAGAACUGGAAGAUGCCGCAAGUUCUCGAAGCUCUCAAGGAUCCGAAGUACUGGUGUGUAGCACUAUUCGUCAUUGCUCAAUCGAUCACCAAUGCUGGAAUCACAAAUUUCAACCCACUGAUUAUAAAGGGAUACGGUUUCUCUGCUUCAAAGACGACUCUUAUGGCCACUCCCCAGGCGGCCGUUGCGCUCGUGGCACAGAUCUUUUGUACCACACUAACAUUCUACAUCCCCAACAUUCGAUGCAUCCUGUGGGUGCUCUCCGCAUUACCUGCGCUAGCUGGAGCCAUUAUGAUUCACGUACUCAAGAUCGCCUCUGCCCGAACGGCAUCACUGGCCGGGGUGUACCUGAUGGGAUUCUACAACGUCUCUUGGGUUCUAAUGCUAAGUCUCCAGUCAUCCAAUACCGCCGGGAUGACCAAGAAGAGCUUUGUUUCCGUCUCGAUUGCAAUCUUCUACGCAGUCGGUAACAUUGUUGGGCCGCAGUUCUUCCUGACUUCCCAGUCUCCAAAAUACAGUCUCGGCAUCGGGGCUAUGCUGUGCUGUUUCGCUAUCAUGGCUGCUACGGGUAUAUUGUAUGGUGUGCUGGUGUUUGCGGAGAACAGGAGGCGAGAUAGGGUAUUUGGGAUCCCGGAGAGGGAUCGCGUUGCGGUUGGUUUGGCUAUUGAGGAUUCGGACCAGACGGAUGGACAAAACAAGGAGUUUAGAUAUGUAUAUUGA